UUCUAAAUAAGUGGUUGUUUUUGUCUCUUUUUUUCCGCUUGAAAAUAUGGAGAAUUGGCCAAGAAAUAAUAUUUUUGAGGAAAAUAUUGAAUUGAGAGAUAUAAAAGAGGAGAAUGAGGAAUUAUCAGAUAGAAUUAUGCUCAUGGAAGUCCCUGAAGACAUCUGUGAGUUUUUGUCCGGUCAAAAAAGGGGAUAUUUAACUCUUAAAUCGAGCUAUGAUGGGAAUAAUACUGUACUCUGUACGUCAUCUAAGACGUACCUUUUGCGUAAUGUUACGCAGACUAAUUCUUUGCUUCUUUUUCAGAGAGAAAAUGAAGGAUUUUCUCUAUUAAAGGAUGCAAAAUCAUAUCUUGAGAUUGUAUCGAUGCCGAUCCGUAUUGAUCUUGAACAUCUUUCGUAUAUCUAUGAUGGAUACAAUUUGGAUGUUCCAGAUAAUACGCAAGUUUAUACACUUUGCCAAGUCAAAAGAAGGACGCCAGCUAGUGAUGAAGAGAUUGAGAAUGCUUUUAUUUAUUUUAUGUGUUUAUUUAUUAAUGGGUAUUUAAGACGGCUAAGUUUUGAUUAUGCAUUUCAUAUACUUCAAUUGAUUUUGGCGUAUGCACAAGAGGAAGAUAUUCCAUUAGAUUCUUUAAAAUUUGAUUCUCUUAUGUCAAAUAUUGGUUCAGAUGAACGGGAGGAUGUUGUAAAGUUAGUUUUGCGUCGGUUUUCUAAAACAAAAACAGAACCAUAUGCCAUUGAUGGUCAUUCUAUUGCUCAAUGGAUUGGUAUUCAUUUAUUAUCUAAACAUAAGAGUACGCCUAUUUCUUACAAUGAAUUCAUUGAAAAGUGGAGGUCUACUAUUCCAGAACCUUUUUCUGCUCUUACAGAGUUGUCAUUAUUAGAAGGCCAGUAUCUUUUAAUAGAGCCAUCUAUGAUUCAAUAUUUUCCUGAAGAUAUAUUACCUAUGGAUCCUGCUAUGAGAUUUCGAGAAUUAUUUCUUGUCAGGCCUAAAUGGAAUUUAUCUGACAUUCUGCCUUAUAUACGUGGGCUUGCAACAGAUGAAACAAAAGUAGAUUCACUACUUCGAAAGUUUACAAGAAAGCAGACUUUAAACCAACAGACAAUUGUAAUAGCAAGAAAUACAUGGAAAUAAUAACAUAUGUCUUGAAAUUUUAGAAUAUAUAUACUAAUUAUGUUCC